AUGCCUGUAACACCGCCCUCCACGUCUCCAUCGAAACGAAGGCGUCUCAUGCCUUCCGACAACUUUGACAUGCCUGACGAUUCUGAGUCAACCACUCUUCGCACUGCCAACUCAAUUGGCAGCGACAUCACAGCCGAAGCGAUUGACGACCCGACACCACGAGCACAUAGAGGUGGCAUCCCGCCAUGCCAUACCUUGCCUUCGUCGCUUGCCUUUCGCCCAAGUGCAAGUCAUUCCCAAAGCUCGGGGUCGAUAGUCUCCGGUUCCAGUGCAUCUGGUUCCGGUCUGACCCCCAGGCGACGCUCUGUGAGCCCGGUUAAGAAGACAAACGACCUACGGAAGUUAGCCAUACCCACAACACUCACUCCGCUUACAGCACCAAAAAAACAACUCCCUCCUAGUAUGCUCACCAUCUAUAAGCGUAUCGAGGACAUUAUGCAUUAUGGAGACCCAUUUGCGCCGGUGGAGGUCAAAUCAGCCAUCAACGAUAUCAUGCAAGCCACCGGAGAAAGAGAAUGGCCCACUGGCUGGUUUGAGCAGCAAGCCGAUACUGGUGGCGCGGUUGCGGAGCGGGAGCUGGAGAGAAUUCUUGAAAUCCAAACUCUAGCAGCAGAGCGCUCGAGCGAGAAGGCAUCUGAAGCGACAUGGAACCUGGAGGUUCACGGUCCGUUGCUCAAAAUGGCAAUGACCGCAAUCCGUGGUGUUUCUCGUCACUUGAUCACAACAGCAAGAAUUGAGCCCAAAUGGCUUCCGAUCACACGCAUCUCGCCAGGACCCUCAGUUUCAGCUUCAUAA